UUCAGGCCACAAAAACACCCGGACAACACUGCGGUGCACUGCCGCAAAAGUUGCUGAGGUCAGUGUGUGUUCAGAUCGGCGCGAUUGGAGUUCCCCACUUUUACACAUGUCGAGUUCUGGACUGAAAAAAAGUCUGGGGGGAUCUCGGGCUACUGUGGAUUGAAUGUCCUCUCAUUAGAAAGUGAGUGGAGAGGCUUUAGCCAAAAGAAUGUCUCAAUUCAGGGAUAUGAAAUAGUGAGGAGAAGCUCUCAGUAAGCAAUAUGGUUUAAGAUGAAAGACAAGAGCAGGACAGUUUGAAUUCAGCUCAUGGAACAGGAGAAUGUGCAGAUGCCGGAGGUGUCUCCAGAUCCUGGCCGUGGCCUCCACGGAGUGCUGAGAUACAGGAGGGAACUGCAGGACAGAAGAAUCCGCCUUCAGCCUCAGUCAUAUAGCGACCUAUCAGCGACCUGUGAAUUUUGUGGCACUACUGCGAAACCUCCACUUGAACCAGUGCACACAGACUCAGAGGACUUCUGCUGUCUACGGUACAGGGAGGUCUUUGAGGAGGUGGUCCAGGAGACAAGGAUUGCUCUGAAGCUGUCUGAAGAACAGUCCGGGAGAUGUGUGCAAGCAGGUGAUGUCUCCAGCAGUGGGGAGGUGGAGCAGGAACUAGGAGCUGGGGAAUCUGGGAGCAUGGAACAGAGAUUGCAACAGAAAGAGUUGGAGAGGUACUACCUAGAGGCUGCAGAAAGAUUGUCUUCAGAGAUUAGCUUGUUCCACACCAACACCAUCAGUUUCCGGCUUUCUGGCUCUGUACCCAUGGAGGAGAGCCGGGCUACAAAGCAGGACUGCAGCGAAGAGAGGAAGCCAAACCUGUGGAACUGGCACAGCACUUCCGGAUCCAGAUCAGCUGAAUUUGGUCUUUCCCAUCAUCAGAACAAUGCAAGGUUCAUCCAGAAGUUUUACACAAAUGGGAAUAAAUUUCUCACUGGGCUUCCAGAUGGUUCUGCCCAAGUUUUCUAUCCCUCAGGAAAUUUGGCCAUCAUCCUUCUCACAAAUGAGAAGGAUAGUGUCUGUGUUGUUCAUGAUGAUGUCAGCACCUAUUGCCCAAUCAGAGCCUUGUUCCAGUCCAGUGGCAGAGCCACAUGUUACCAUGGCAAUGGCAGUGUCUGGCUGAGCAUGGACACAUGGGGGGGGCAGAGUCUGGAUGAGGGAGGAACCAGGACUCGUAGGUGGAGCUGGACUGACCACACCCAAACACCCACACCCCUCAAACCUAUCUUUCUGUCACUUAACCAAAACGUGGGGGUCAGAGUUCUGGGACGACAGCACAUCUUUGUGUCCUUCCUGGCAUCAGGACAGCAAACUCGGUUCACUGUUGGUAGCUGCAUAAAGCAAACACAGCUGAAGGAGGGAGACUCCCCUUCCCGCAGACCUCCCCUGUGCAAAGAAGAGCUGUUCUUGCUGGCGUGCCGUGUGUACAUAAGGCUGGCGCUCAUACGGCCCAGCUGGUGCCAUCAUCGGCCUGCCGACUCCUGGCACCAGCUGGUCAGGCCCCCUCCUGGCCUCCUUGCAGUGGGCCGGAAGCUCCUGAGCCUGAGCCAGAGAGUGCACAUGGCGGACGCAGACAGAGCCUUCAUCCAGCACUGCCUGCAGGACUGCCAAUGAGCUUGUUUUAUAAAACUGACCUUUAACCUGUUUAAAUGCACUGCUGUACAAGAACCAGAUUUAAUUAACAUCUUAUCCACUAAUGCGAAUAUUGCUUGUCAUUUAUGUAUAUUGCCACAUGCAAAUGAGCACAUGCUGAAUAAGUCUGCUUAGUCUUUUGUUUACUGUAGACUUGUUAGCAUUAACUUUCAUUGGGACAUCACAGACUUAUGGUUUACAAACUAUUGUUUAGAAGAAUGAAUUUAACCACUGGUAAAUAGCCCUGAUGAGAUAUGUACAUGACACACAUGAAUUAAAACAUUUAUAUACUAUAAAGCCCAAA